GGCAAUAAACCUCUCGUUGCUUCAGUUAACCUGAUCCAAUGCUUGAACUCCUUGUUCGAGGAGACGCGAGGCCGCCCCUGACCUCACGGAGCCACCUACUCAUUCCUUCUCUGUCUUCUGCACGGGUCGGAAACCGUUAAAAAGCACAACUCUUUGUUUUAGUUGUAGCUAACUCUCUAGUCUUUCCCGGUUUUAUUUAAUCCUCCCUUACCAUGGCGGCGAGUGCGAAACGAAAACAAGAGGAGAAACACCUGAAGAUGCUGAGAGAAAUGACGAGUUUACCUCCCAACAGAAAGUGCUUUGACUGCGACCAGCGCGGCCCAACCUAUGCCAACAUGACUGUGGGCUCCUUCGUAUGUACCUCCUGCUCUGGCAUCCUACGAGGACUUAAUCCACCCCACAGAGUCAAGUCUAUCUCCAUGACAACCUUCACGCAACAAGAAAUUGAUUUCCUACAGAAACAUGGCAAUGAGGCAUGUAAACAGAUCUGGCUUGGCCUUUAUGAUGACAGAACUUCCCCAGUGCCAGACUUCAGAGAACCACAGAAAGUCAAGGAGUUCCUUCAAGACAAAUAUGAGAAGAAGCGAUGGUAUGUACCUCCUGAGCAAGCCAAGGUAGUUGCUUCGGUCCAUGCCUCCAUGUCUGGCUCCUCUAAUAGUAGCACCAGCAGCACCCCAGAGGUUAGACCACUCAAGACCCUGCUGGGCGACUCAGCCCCCACCCUACACCUCAACAAGAGCACCCCACCAAAUCAGUCUCCAGUGGUGAGCCGUGGACAAGCCCUUCAGCAACAGUUCCAUGACAAGAAGUUUGACCUCCUCAGUGACUUGGGUGGAGACAUCUUUGCUGCCCCGCCCAACAUCAGUGCGGGUGUCAACUCCGGUUUUGCUAACUUUGCACAUUUCAGCAGCCAUACAAUGGCACAGACUGCCAAUGCAAAUGCAGACUUUGCUAAUUUUGAUGCUUUCGGGAGCACUUCUGGGCCAACAGGCGGUUUCCCCUCCGCACCCCAAGCCACGUUUCAACCUUCAAAUACAGCAUUCACUGUGCUCUCAUCCAGCCACAGUAUGGGUAGUGCCCCAGGGGGACUAGCAAAUGCCAAUUUUGCAAAAUUUGACAACUUCCCCAAAUCGCGUAGUGCUGACUUUGGAUCCUUCAGUUCCUCUUCCCAGAGUAACUCCUCAGGAGCUGACAAAGGUGCUGUAGAGAGUGCUAGCAUCCCUGCCGAUAGAUAUGCAGCCCUGGCUGACCUGGAUAACAUGUUUAGCUCUGCCAAAACAGAGCAAGGUAAAUUUCUCCUGCUUAGCCAUAGAGCUCUUUUGGCGGCAGGAGUAGGUGGUUUGCUUCAGAAGCAACCUGCAGUGCCACUAGGGGGGGACCGCUAUGCUGCUCUAGCUGAGCUUGAUACCGUCUUUAGUUCCUCAGUCCCUGCCACAAGUGUUUACAACACCCCCAGCACCUCACAAGGGGUUGUGUUUGGCUCAGAGACUGGGGUGUCAACAGCACAAGCACAGCAGCCCCUGCCUGGCAUGCCUCAAGGUUUUGUAGUUCAGUCAACUAAUCCAUUUGUAGCUGCCUCAGCUCCCACCAACCCAUUCCAGAGCAAUGGCAGAACAGCAAAUGUGGCGGCAGCAGCAGCAUCAUUUGGCACAGGCUCCAUGAGUAUGCCAGCUGGAUUUGGGAAUGCUGCUGCCUACAACCUUCCAACCAGCUUUAGUGGAACCUUCCAGCAACCCUUUCCUGGCCAGGCUCCUUUCCCUCAGCCUCAGGCAUAUCCUCAGCAACCCAAUGGUGGAGGGUUUCCAGCCUUUGGACAGGCCAAGCCUUUUGUGACUCCUUUUGGCCAGGCAAUGGCUGGACCCAUGGUCUCAAGCAACCCUUUCCUGGGUGCAGGUCCAUCUGCACAGUAUCCGGCAGGAAGCUCUUCAACAAAUCCCUUCUUAUAGCGAUCCAUCCAGUCACCUGCACUACAGGGUCAACAACUGCCGCGCCUGCACCUAUUGCACUGUCUCAUUUCACAAGUAGCUUUAAAAACACAUUGUUUGUAAGGAUGUGCAUUUUCUAUCGCAGUUUGUCACAAAUGGAACAAUAUGACAGACAGUCACACCGACACUGUCUAUGGCUACACCACACAGUGAUGGUGUGUGCAGAGGGAGAGGUUGAUCCACUCUUCUCUAUUUAACCUGUGAACUGGCCUGGCCUCCACUGAGCCACAAUGCAUAAUCAAACUGGCUGAAAACUAAGUUAUUGUAUACAGUGUAUUCCAUUCAUUAUGCUGCAGUUCUGUACAUAUUUUUCCUUUAAGAAAUUAGCUCUUUGUGUAUAUCAGUAUUUGCAUCUAACACAAGAUUUAUUGAGACAGGACUGUUGCUUGGAAACGCUAAUGGGUACUGCCAGUUACUGUAUUUGUAAAGAAUCUGACUGUUUAUUUGUGCAAGAACCUCUUAGAUAAACUGCUCUCGCUAAAGAAAAAAGAAUGUAUAAUCUGUUGUUGAGAGAUGAAAAUCAGGGACGGGCAGAGGACUUGUUUCUCUGCUAUCCCCUGGCCUGCUGACAGAAGCCCUGACGUAAAAUCAACCACAUCCAUGUGUGGGCAACAGGAAUGACUGAACUGAAAACCACUUACAUUGGGUAUUAGAGAAUCUUAAGUUAAUAUGUA